AUGUCGUCUUCGCCAAGGCCUGCGGGCAUGGGGACGCUCUAUGUCAACGAUUACAAGGCACAGCUCGCAUCUAUUCUGGGGCUCGGCGCCGCCGCGGCUGGCCUCAGCCCGUCCGGCUCACCAGCGACGGAAGGCUGUGGUGUCGCAAGGCGCCCCCAAACGCGCCAGGAAGGCGGCGGCUGCAUCAGUCAGCGCAAUUCGCCUUCCCGGCACGGCAGUGGCAGUGGGAACUUCGACAGCGUCACACCGCCUCCACGGGCAGUGCCCUACUCCGUCUCCGCAAGUCGUGGGACCCCGCUAGUGACGCCAACGCGCGGCAGUAGCGCGAAUCGUUCUGGAGAGCGCGUGAAGAGCGCACGCCGCGGCUCCCGUGCGGCGCCGCUGCUCGGCACGUCCGCUGUCUGUGUGACACCCACGCCGCAGAAGCAGGGCCACCACUGCCUUUCCCCCGCCACGUCCGCGCAUCAGAACAAGGAAAAAUCAUCACGAGCCAGACGUAUCAUCACGUCGGCAUCGCAACAGCGCAGCCCCACGCGGGAUGACGCACAGCGUGUCGGCAGCCCAUCCGCAGCGCACACGAACGCCACCCUCUCCACCGGCGUAGGCAGCGGCUACGUGAUUCACGCAAACCAGCACCCCCUCUACGCCGGCAGAGGAGCACCGCAGCGGAAGCGCAUCUCCCCUCCACCGGCUGCCGGCAAGCCCACCGGAGUGCAAGGGGACCUCGCCAUAUCCGUCGAAUCAAACACCGUGCGGCGGCUGCAGAGGGGUGGGGCGGACAAACCGGCGGCAUCGGUGGCAGCGACCAAAACCGCGCCUGUCAAGGCUGCCACGGCCUCGGGUGUCUGCGCAACGGUGAGCGCAGGCCAAACAAGACCGCCGGCGCAACGCGGUAGCAUCAUCGAGCAACUGGCAGCAGCCACCCAGAUGAAAGGCAGUAACGGCUCCACGCUGGGACAGGCCACCCACGAGCCGCACGCUAACGUCUCCAUGGCAAGGUCAUCGAGUCCGCGAAAGUGGCCUCGGCCGCAUUCCGAGAGUAACCAGCAGUUGUCGAGGUUCACCAGCGGCAGCGUCACGAAACCGCUAGGUCCGCUGCGGCAGCACGAUCGAAUGCGCAUGCACCUGCAGCAGGCGUCUUUCAAUGUGAGCACUAGCGCUGCUAGUGAGGUCGACAGGCGCUUGCCGAAUGACACGCUCGUCCUUGUGGGCCCGGAAAGGAUGCCGGACGGAGAGGAAAACCCCAUGUACACUCAACUCAAGGCAUUCCAGCUGCCCCAGGCGCCCACAGCCGCGCCCCAAACCCCUGCACCACCCUCUCUGCCGGGCUCGGCAACGACCGGCUGCACAUCCGCAGCAGCGCCCUCCACUGCACCCCCUCCAGCCGUGCCAGGUGCAGUGACAGCGGCAGCAGUGACGUGCCUCACUUCUGCGCCAGCACCAGCACCUGCCGCUGGCAUACCCGCCCCAGUGGUGGCCCCUCCUCCACCAGGAGCCGACGUCCUUGCCGCCGCCGCCUUAGCAGGCACAACUGCGGCUAGCCCAGCACCGCCGCCACCACCACCACCAGCGGUCGCAGCCGUGGCAGGUGCCCCCAACGCACCCACCGUGGGCGGUUCGGCGGCGGGAACGGGGGCCUCGGCUGCUGCCGCCGCACCCGGCGCACGGUUGUCUGCACAGCCGGUCUCUGCGCGGAAGUCGACUAGGGAGGAGAUGACGGAGGCAGAGGAGGAGCGCUUGUUGCGCGACCUCAUCGCCACGUCACAUCACGACCACCGGUGUGCGCGGCGGCCGCCGCCAGCCGCCUCGGCUGUCCUCGCCACGGGCGCAGGCCUCACUGCCGCGAUAGAGACGGCGCUGCAGCUGCGACGGGAGGCGAACAACGGCGCGCUGCACGGCUGGCGGAGCCCACCGGCAAACGUGCUGUUGCCUGACCCGACGCAGUCCGCGCCUACGUGGGCGGUGCUCAAGUCGGCACCUGCCCAAGAGGCGCAGCAGGCGGCGGCCGUGGCUUCUAUCGCACGGCCCACUGGCGGAGUCUGUGGGGACCACCCAGCAUCGCCGGCUAAUGACAUGACAGCCGCCGCGCACGGCGUCGCCGAGAACGCCGCUGACGGUGACGAAACCGCGCGCGUGUUGGACUCCAUUGACUACCACGCGCCGUUUCAGUGCGUCCUCCAUCCCGAGUACGUGGAGCACGACCUCGUGCCAGCGGCCUUGAGCGUUGGAGUCGUCGCCAACACCGGCGUGGAUGAUCCCAUGAAGUCUUGUCCUACCAACCGCACCACCCCGGCCGCCGCUGCGGCGGCCGCGGCGGAGCAGCGGGACGAUGUCGAUGCGGAUGCACUCGCUACAGCGGCAGCAGCCAGCAGCAACACCGCGGUGCAGACGCUGGUCGCGCAGGCCGUCAUUUUGCGCGACCCGCUCUCUCUGCUCGCGUGCGAGCACCUCGCCGAGGACACAAUCGACAUCACCGCUCGCCGUCGAGCAUACCUGAGGGCGAUAGACGCGUUGCACGGCAUCACGCGCGGCGGUGCGCUUUUCACCAACCGCCCCGGUGCGCUAGCCUCCACGCUCCAAGAAGCCUCGCCGCUGGGUGCGGUGUUCUGCGAGCUGUCGUACCCGGCCAAGGUACUGCUGUCAGCGAUCCUGUACAUGCGCUCGCUCGGGGCGCUGCCGAGCCUGCUGCGAGCUGGCCCGCUCACCGAAUACAGUCCCGUCGUGGACAAGGAAAACUGCAUCGAACUUGUCUUCUACAACCCGUCCGACGAGGAGCAAGGUGUGCAAGCAGCACAGGAGGAGCAGCAGAAGUCGGGGGAACUGAAGUCUUCGCGCCAUCCCUUUGAGCGAGAGCGCGCGGUGGGCUCAACAGUCCUUCACAGCCAAGUGCCAGCUGAUCGCGUGCCGCCCAUCGAGGCUGUGACGCCGACCAACGCGCCGGGAAGGGCGCGCUCGCAGCUGCACACGGAGGGGCAACCAAGCAGCAGCCCAGGCGCAUCGUUACGUAGCCGCUCAGGCAGGCAGUUCGGCAACACCGCCCGCGGCUUCACAGGCAGCUCCCUCGCCGGGAAAGGUGAGGCCCACGCAAGCCAUGCGCACAACUACGCAGACCCGUCCCCGUCGCCGCUGCAGAAACGGCGGCCAACCGCCAUUGAGGACCGGCUUAUGAGCGUGUUGUCCGCAACGGCGAUGCGGCGUGCCAGCUCUGCGACCUCCCGGAGCGUCAGCUCUGCCGCUGUCACCUCGCGCACCGUUUCACCGCACCGAUUCUUUUCUCGCGCAAUCUCCGCAAGCCUGGCUAGGCCGCAGCUGCACAACACCGAGGCCUCGCUGAUGGCGGGUGACACCCUCGACGGAGCACGGCGUUUAUCCGGGGCUAAUGGCUGUGAGCCGUGUCCCUCUGAAAGCGGAGGCUCCUGGCUACUGCGCAAAGCGUCGCAGGAUGGGCGCGCACCGCACGUCUUUGCUCACCAGGUAGGUGACCCGGGCACCAACGCGGCUGAAAGCCUAAGCGAGAGCUCCAACGUGCAUCGCGGCUACGCUGGCCCCGCCUCUGGCCGCCAGCGCCGCCAGAAACUAUCCCAGCUGCCAGCCAAGCUCCAGGAGCGCGGUUUGGGGCGCACCAGCGCCUUCGCCAGUCGCCUUCCGCACGUGCACCUUACACCUCCAUCGGGUACAUCGGCAAGCGGCGCACCCGGCGCGGCUUCCCAGACUUCGGUCACUACAGCAAUAGGCUCGUCUGCCCUUCGACGCAGCUCCGUCAUCGUUGCGCUCGAAGACCUGCAGCAGGCGGCUGAGAGGGGCGGCGUGUCGGCUGCAGCGCGCGCAGCAAACGCGCCCUCGUCGCCAUCACACUUACUUCCAGGUGGCACCGGCGCCUUAUCUACCGUCACAGAGCCCGCCAAGGCGAUGCCACCGCCGCCGACGCACUUUGAAGCGGGCCAGUCUGCCACCACUUGUAGCUCGAGGGCCGCGGCAACGCCUGCAAGUGGUUCAACACCGGCAAGCGCGUACGGCCCCGGCGUCGCCCGCUUCCCCAAGGGGGAGCAAGAGCUUUGCGUGGUCUUGCGCGCCGUCGUGGCGCAGAAGUCGCACGUGUACUCCUUCGGCAAGGCAGAGACAGUGCACGUGUUGCCUCCGCUGCCGCAGCGCAGCGCCGCCGACGACGGCGGCAAGGCGCUGCUGCGCAAGCAGACGAUGCAGAAGGCGGGGGUGGAGCGCCUCGCCACAGACUCUUCGAGCCCACUACACAAAUUCCUUUGCAGCGGUGACAAGCUGCGUGGCGAGGCGAAAAUAGAGGGGGACCAGUUGAGAGCUGCCUUGCUCGAUCGGGCGCGCCGCGCUGCCGCCGCGGCGCGUCGCCGCGUCCCGGUCACGGUGCAUGAGAAGGGCAUGCCGACGUCGGCCGACUACGGCGACCUCGUUGUGGCCUUUGUUCUGAGCGGCAAUGCGUCGGAGCUGAGCGGUUCGGUGCCGGACAUGAUGGAGCUGGAGGCGCUGCGGUACCGCAUUUUCUCACUGCAGGGGUACAGCGCGAGUGACCCGGCCGGAAUGCAAGCAGUGAAGGAGGCCGCUGGAGUAGGUGGGGCAUCCGCUGCAGCUGAACCGCCAGCAGAAGCAGUCGUGCGGUCUUCGACGACGGCGCCUUCGUCUCUCGAACCCAAUCUGGCGCGCCUGCAGCAGCACUUCGCAGCUUUCAAUGCAUUCCAUACGCCGGCUUCAUCGCACCCGAAAACCCGUGAGCCGUCGCUCGGUGCGUCAUCUACGUCACCGUGCGCCUCUUUCGUGAGGGGCCGGCGUCACACGGGAUUCUUCGAAGACGUGCUGCAGCGAGUCGAUCCUCUGGCGGACUUGGACGACGGCGACGGCAGGAGGGGGCUCUAUCUUACUGAGCUCGAUGUGCAGCAGAGGCAGAAGCAGGAUGUACGGGCGCUGAUCCUACAACGCUAUCCGAUCUACCGCGCCUCAAGCGUCGCAGAGAGCACUCUGCAAACCUUCUUCGCCGAGGCAAAGGAAGCAGUCGUUGCGGCGCGUCAGCAGAGGCGACGGCGCGACGACGCCAGGUCAUCCAGCGGCCGGCGCAGCACUAGUGGUGGUCGCUUCGCGUCACCUGGCCCGUCUUUGGCCCCUCUUACGCCGUACACACGCGGCGACGCGGCGACGACCGCGCUGCAGGAUUCGGAGCGUGACCUGCUACGCUUCCGCCCUAUGAACCUAAAUAGCUUCCACCGCGAGCUCACCGAUGCUGUGCAGUGCGCGCUGGAUCUGCAGACUUGGCAGGGCAAGAAAAACGUAUCGCAGGCGCUCCACAUGUAG